AAUCGAAUUCUGAAAUGUGUGCCCACCCACCCCCCGUGAUUCACCUCAAACAUAUCAAAACUAUAAAAAGCAGAAAUAAAAGAUGACAAUACAACAUCUGACAACACUCUACUAAAAUCACAAAACAAAAACACUCCAAAACCUUCAAACAAACUCAAACCCAUCACUCAUGUCUCCAAAUAUUAUCAUUUUCAUCAUCUUUUCCACAAACUUCUAUAUUCAUACCUACUCUCUCACACACUGGGAAGACAUACAAUCUCUUAAACACUUCCGAAACGGCGUCGUUUCCACCUCAAUAACCCCCGGUUCCUGCUUGUCCACCUGGGACUUCACCGUGGAUCCAUGUGAUUCCCUCUCCGGUGAAAAAUUCACAUGCGGUAUCCGAUGCGACGUCGUUUUAUCCAACAUCAGUAGAAUUACCGAAAUAUCCCUGGACCGGGCCGGUUACUCCGGUUCACUUACCUCCUCUUCAUGGAACCUUCCGUUUCUUCAAACUCUUGACCUCGCUAGCAACUAUUUCUCCGGUCCAAUCCCCGGUUCGUUCUCCCGGUUAACUCGGUUAACACGACUCAGUGUUUCAACCAACUUGUUAAACGGGUCAAUCCCUGACUCGCCCGGGUCAUUACCCGGUUCGCUAGAGGAACUACUGCUUGACAACAAUGGGCUUCAUGGGCCCAUCCCACUAUCUCUAAACGGUUUAAAAAAUUUAAAAAGACUCGAACUCCAAGGUAACCAACUCAGUGGCGAGUUCCCCGAGUUGACUCAACUCGGUAACCUUUCGUUCCUUGACGUCAGCAACAACGUCAUCUCCGGCUACCUUCCGGCGAGUUUUCCGGCCAGUUUAAUCGAGCUUGCAAUCAGAAACAACUCUUUACAAGGGAAUAUUCCGGCGAAUAUUAUUAACAAUUCCGUUUAUCUUCAAGUUCUAGAUCUGAGUUACAACAAUCUCACCGGAGAAAUUCCGGCGGAGCUUUUUACUCACCCGUCGUUGCAACAGUUGACCCUAGCGUACAACCGGGUCGGGUCGAUUGAAACUCCGGAUAACUGGGGGAGAAAUAGUGUGUUAAUAGCGGUUGAUUUGAGUAACAAUGAUAUCCAUGGGUUUUUACCCGAGUUUAUGGGUUGGAUGCCGGAUUUAUCCGCUCUGUCAUUGGAGAAUAAUAAGUUUUCCGGCGUGAUUCCGACGCAAUACGCGGUGAAGGCGGUGGCUGAGGACGGUGGUGGGGUGGGGCCGUUUGAGAGGUUGUUGUUGGGUGGGAAUUAUUUGUUUGGGUUGAUACCCGGCCCGUUUUUGCAGGUGAAAAACGGGUCGGGUAGUACGAUCCGUUUAGGGGAUAAUUGUUUGUAUGAGUGUCCCGCGAGUUUUUGGUUCUGUGGGGGUGGGGUCCAGAAAAGUGUGGUGGAGUGUAGGAGUUUUAGUUUUAGUCCCGUGAUUCCUUGAGACUUGUUGGCUCACGCGUUUGUGUUUGUUUUAUGUUUUUUGUUUUGUACAUAAUUUGAAUUUUAUUUAAAAAAAAUCUAGUGUAAUCAUGUAAUGAGAAACCGAAUGAUGAUGUAAAUGUUUGAUCGA